CAAACAUAGAUCCGUCUGCAUUAAUGUGCCAAAUAUUUUGCUAUGCUACACGUCUCUUAGAUUUGUGUAUUUAAUCAUGCUUUUACGGUUUAUUCAACUUUAUUAAAAUACACUUGGAUAUCCAAGACCGGUCAUGUUUGCCCCCAGAACUGUGGGAUUUGUAGUUUUUCUGCGAAUUUUUGCUGCGCACUCUGCCAUGUGGGAUUGCGGCACACGAUAUUAGCAACAUUCUGGUUUAAAUAUUUACCGGUCUCAUACCAUGUCCUUUAGUUUUAAUUUCGAUGUCCCAAAGCAAAUUGUAAACCCUGACUUCACCCGUGAAAAGGAAGGGCACAACGAAAAAAAAGAUAAUGCUGCAACAUCUGUAAGUAACAAGCAAGUCAAUACAACACCAUCAGAGCCGGUAAAAGAAGCCAAAGAGUACCUUCCAGUACCUGACCUACAGUUCCUUCUGCUGGAUGCUGUCACUGAAACUGUAACUAUUGGAACUCUUCCUCCUCUUCAGUUCCUCAACGAGACUGUUUUUGAGAAGACCUCCUCAGAAAGAGAAGAUGAUGAAAAAAUUCUUUCUCGCACAGCAGAGCAGAGGUCUGAUCUCAUCUCCGGUGUGUACGAAGGAGGACUGAAAGUGUGGGAGUGCACUUAUGACCUUUUAGAGCUCAUCGACAGAGACGGGGAGACCUUUGAAGGAAAGACGGUCUUAGAUUUGGGCUGCGGUUCUGGACUUCUGGGGAUACUGGCACUCAAGAGAAGAGCCAGCAACGUCCAUUUCCAAGAUUAUAACAGUACUGUUAUUGAAGAGCUCACUGUUCCAAAUGUAAUUCUAAACCUUCAAGAUGAUGAUGACGAAGAGAGUGAAGUUGAGAGAAAAAAAGGGACGGGAAAGGGGAAAAAACAGGAGGAAGACGGCACGACCAAAACGUCAACAGACAAAUGUGAGGAAAAAUCAGAGAGCCCCCCACCAAAGAAAAGAGCCAACGACCUGUCCCAAAACCCAUUACUCACAAAGUGCCGCUUUUUUUCUGGUGACUGGAGCACAUUUCUACCAUUGGUUCUAAGUUCAGACCCACCAAUCAGAUAUGACAUAAUAUUAACCUCGGAGACAAUUUACAACACAGCCUACUACCCUGCCCUCCAUGAGACACUCCACAAACUGCUGGCACCAGAAGGACUCGUCUACCUCGCCACCAAGUCCCACUACUUUGGGGUUGGCGGUGGACUGCACUUGUUUGAGACCUACGUGGAACAAAGGGGUAUUUUCUCUGUCCAGCAUGUAUGGGAUGGGGACGAAGGACUCCAGAGACAUGUAGUAAUUCUACGUUUUCUAAAGCCAAAAGACACUUAACUCAUGUCUAUCAGAGGGUCUUCAACCAAAACAAAUAUUAAAAUGAUUUUUGUCAUGAAUAAAAAAUGUUUUCAGUGACAUUACUUUUCAAUGACAGUGAUAUCUUCAAUAAAAAAUUGGUAAUUUU